GUGGCGAAGCAAUCAAUACUCAAAAUUGGACGAGCGCCAACCUGGCAUCCUCCUCGUCGCCCAUUGCUUGAUACCUCAUAUUCUCUAGGGCUUUCAGGACUCUGGCCUUGUCGGCGAUUCCUGCUCCGAAACCCUUUUCGAUUAAUUCGCGGCAGGAACGUACGAACUUUGACUAUUUCGUGGAAUCAUGGGCAGUUCUCCACCGCCGUUUUCAGAUAUUGGCAAAAAGGCCAGAGACCUCUUAACCAAAGACUACAACUUUGAUCACAAGUUUACCCUGUUGCUGCCGAACUCCGAUGGAAUGGGACUAACUGCAACCGGUUUGAAGCGGGAUCAAAUUUUUAUUGGUGAUAUCAGUACCCUGUACAAGAGUGGAAAGACAACCGUCGAUGUGAAAAUUGAUACGUAUUCAAACGUUUCUACAAAAGUGACCGUGACUGAUAUUUUACCAACUACCAAGGCCACGCUUAGCUUCAGAGUACCUGAUCACAAGUCGGGCAAGCUGGACGUUCAGUACUUCCACCCUCAUGCAGCUAUUGAUUCCAGUAUUGGUCUCCACCCUAGUCCACUUUUGGAAUUUUCAGCUGCAAUCGGUAGCAAGAAUUGUAGUUUAGGUGGUGAUGUGGGAUUUGAUACUACUUCUGCUUCAUUCACAAAAUACAAUGCCGGAAUCAGCUUGAAUAAGUCAGACUUUUCUGCGGCUCUUAUGCUAACUGACAAAGGACAGGCUCUGAAGGCAUCUUAUGUUCAUUCAUUGGAUCCUCUUAAUGAGACUAUGGUAGCCGCUGAAAUGACUCACAAGUUCUCCACCUCUGAAAACUCCUUUACCAUUGGAAGUUCUCAUGUUCUGGAUCCAGUUACGCUCAUGAAAACACGAUUCUCCGACAAAGGAAAAGCUGCUAUGCUUUUCCAGCGACAAUGGAGGCCAAAAUCUUUGGUGACUCUGUCAGCUGAGUACGACUCAAAAGCUAUUGAUUCAUCUCCCAAGAUAGGCCUUGCUAUUGCUCUGAAGCCUUGAGAUCUAAAGAACCAUUCAAGUGAAAUUGAACAUCCAUAUCCAUAACUUUGGUGUCGUUAUAAUUUCCCCCAAAAGUAUUCAAUAUUCAUUGUGGAAUUUCACAGUUUAUGUUUGGAAGAGGAGGUUUUCUUCCAUGUAAUUCAUGAGAUAUUAUUUCGAGGCACAACUAGGAUUAGAGGAACCAAUUUUGGAAAAAGAAAAAAAAAAAAAAAGGGAAUAUUGAGGAGCAACAUUUUGCUUGCUAAGCCCAUGUUGCCAUUCACUUUGAUAUCACAUAAGUGGUAAAGAGAGCGACAGUUCUCUCCAGCUUCAGGUUGCUUUCAAAACCAUGAAAUUUCAUUUGGUUUUUGUAUUAUUCUUGUAUCGUUCAAAUUUUCAUUUUUUAAUGUCGGGAAUAAUGUGAACAUCCAAUGGGUUCAUCAUCCACUUCUUCCUUCUCAUAAUUGUGCUCUACUCCACACAUCACUAUGGAUGUUUUUCUUGGUCUCCACCAUCCAAGUUCAUAGUUCCAUAGUAUGGUGGGGUAAAAAUUAAUAAAAGAAUCUUGUUAUA